AUGGAGCGAACUUUCUCUUUGAAAAUACUACUAACAAUCUCCCUCUUUCUUGUCUUUCUUACCCCACAAUCAUCUUUAGCUACAAAAUUACCCUUCCACCCUCGGGAUUUGCUUCCUUUGUUACCGAGGCAAGUUUCAUGGCCUAUUCUCAAUUACCUAAAUGGUGCAGUGGACCUUUUGCCAACAUUUGUUGGUGCUGCUUCUGCUUUCAACGACUCCGGUGAGUGGAAAGGUGCUUGCUUUUACGAGAACCGGGCUUGGAUGGAAUUUCAUAACAAGACUGGCAGUGAAUUUGGUGGUGGUACACUUCAUCUCAAGGUUAGCAAGGCUCACAGCUGGACAUGUAUGGAUAUUUAUGUCUUUGCCACCCCAUAUCGUGUAACUUGGGAUUAUUACUUUUUAUCUCGAGAACAUACAUUAGAGUUUAACGAGUGGGAAAGUAAAGCUGAAUAUGAAUAUGUGCAACAUCGGGGAGUCUCAAUUUUCCUCAUGCAGGCAGGGAUGCUUGGAACCCUUGAAGCACUGUGGGAAGUCUUUCCCUUGUUUACAAAUACUGGAUGGGGGAGAAUUCUAAUAUUGGGUUCCUGA